GGGGGUGAAGCGCACGUCGUUAUGGUGAUGUCACGGGUGGGCGGAGCCGAGCGAUAUCUGCUGCAUCUGGUACACUUGAUCGAGCGGUUCCCGGGGAUGCAACCACAAAUUUAACAUCGGUUCCUUUAACGCACUGAAAUUAUAUCACGACGUCGGGGCCGACGAAACGAUUGUUGAGGACCUGAUUUGACAUGGCUGAGCAGCAGAGGCAGCGCACUCUCUCCACCUCUGGAGAAUCUCUCUAUCAUGUGCUGGGUGUCGACAAACUGGCCACUGUCGAUGACAUCAAGAAGUCAUACAGGAAAUUGGCAUUGAAAUAUCACCCUGACAAGAAUCCUGACAACCCUGAGGCAGCUGAUAAGUUUAAAGAGAUCAACAAUGCCCAUGCCAUUCUUAACGACUCAACAAAGAGAAACAUCUAUGACAAGUAUGGCUCUCUUGGACUGUAUGUGGCUGAACAGUUUGGUGAAGAGAACGUCAACACUUAUUUUGUCCUGUCCAGCUGGUGGGCCAAGGCUCUGUUUAUUUUCUGUGGCCUGGCUACAGGCUGCUACUUCUGCUGCUGCCUGUGCUGUUGUUGUAACUGCUGCUGUGGGAAGUGUAAACCGCGGCCACCUGAGGGACAGGAACAGGAAUUCUAUGUCUCCCCCGAAGACUUAGAGGCCCAACUGCAGUCCGAUGAGAGAGAGGCAGGUGGAGGUGAGCCCAUCGUGAUGCAGCCCUCGUCUGCCACAGAAACCACCCAGCUAACGUCUGACGGUUACCAUACUACUUACCACACUGACACCGGCUUCAAUUAAACGCUCCACUCUCUUCACCUCCACCCUGUGGAUUGUCUCUCACCACUCUGCGCCAUCUCUCCACGAGGAAAAAAAAAAUGGAAAGAAUCCUUCAACUACAAUUAAAAAAGCCUGUUUCUGAGAGGAGGAAAGCCAGCGAUGGAGCUGAAUUCUUUAGCGUAUCCCGUCUCUUAUUCACACACCACUUCCUUCACCCACACAAGAGUGGCUCACAUUCGCCUCACCGUACCGUAGCUUAUAAAUCGAGCUUAAGAAAAAAGAUUUAAAAAGAUCCUGUUGUUGACCCUGAUCUCUUUGUUGCCUUCAACAUUCGAUCUUGCCUUCCACUCGUUCCGUCGCUCCUCCUCCAGCCAGAUUUGCUCGUCGUCCUGUGGCAUGCACUGUUCCUUGACUCCGUUUUUGGUAUAUUUAUUGACAUGAAAUGUUUGUUCCCAUUUAUAAGUACUUGAGUGUGGUUUAAAGUUGACUCUGUGAACUUGCCAUAGGUGUUCGAAGACUAGUGCAACUGCGCUGAGAAACAACAGGAAUAUAAUUCAUUUUUAAAAUCUCAGAUAUUCUGUUCGCAUACCUAAUAUUCCUGGUUCACUGCAGAGUUUGAAUCUUUCGUGUCCCUGUAGACAAUUUUAUCUGCUUCAUGUCAUGUAAUUGAGUUAAGUUUUGAAAUUAACCGCAACAUGAUUCAACGUUAAUUGGAUUCUUUGGAUCGCUUUCCUUUGUUUAUCCAUAAGUAAUGUUGUUUUUUGUUUUAUUAGAGCUUUUUUUUUUCUGAAAGAGAGAGAGAGAGAUACAAAUGAUGCAAAUUCUAAUAUUUCAUUCCUUCCUAGUAUUUUGCUCAUUUACAUCUGGGUGUUGGUGUUCCCGUCUUAUUCUGAGAACCAUUUGUAACAAGCUGAGCCAAACUUAGGACUCUUCUCUAUAUAUGGAAUGGAUUUAACUGUCAUCUCUGUGUAGUGUAGUUGUUCGUUGAUGUGCGAUAACAUGUUGGGCUCUUGGCUUUGGUCUUAGUGUUAAGCUCAGUUUGGCCCAGUUGUGUCUCUGUUCUCUCAUCAAAAGAGAAUUGUGAACACAAUCUGACAUAGACUCCCAUAGUGUCAUAUCACGGUGAGUGUGUACGUAAGGUGGAAACUAUAACAGAUGAGACAUUUUUAUAUAGAUAUACAAUCUAUACACAUCAUGUGUAUGUACAGUAUAUGUAUAUUUUGGUCAUUUUUAUAUUUUAGUUGUUGCCGCAUAUUAAGAGAACUAUGCUUGGUGUCUGUGGUUAUGGCCUCUUGGGGCCACUUGAGACUCCCUAUGCCAAGAUAUGCUGUCUGUUGUGAGAUAAACGCUUGUAUUUUAAAGACAUUAAUUCCUAAGCGGUAGCCAUGUAUGAUGUUUGUUCUUCCAAUUUAUUUAUUGAAGUGACAAAGUUUUUUUGGUUAACACUAUUAACAUCUUGAUACAUGCUUCAAGUCCAAGGACAAAAUAUGUAUAUUAUACCUAAAAGAGUAUGAAGCCUGUUUUUAGGACAUUUCUGUAAUGUGUUUACAUUACAGCAGUGGUCAUGGGAUUGUUCUCUGCAGUAUAAGGAUAGAGAGAAAUAUUCUGAAUUUGACAUGAAAAUAAUGCUAAAAUCGUAAUUGUCUUAAAAAUAGGCAUUUUCACAAUGAAGCAAAUGGAAGACUAUGUAAGAGAUAUUUUUUCUUGGCAGUUGUGCUUUCCCUCAUUUUGUUAAACUGCAAGUUCGUCACCAAACUUGAAAUCCUUGAUGUCCUGAAGAUUAUUUGAGCAGCUAAGGUUUGAUUCUACCUGCCAACACAAGCAUUUAUUUGAUAGUUUCUCCUCUUGAGGAGCCUCAGAAAUGUGGCAUUAUCCCUCAGCAGAUUAAACAGUUAAACUAUUUCAUAAAGCCUAGUAAUGUAAUAUCUAUCCUGAAGCUGCAUUGUGUUGCUGUUGAUUAUGUUUAUGCUGUUUUAUUUUUGGUGAAAUUGUGAAUUAGAUGGCGUGUGUGUGUGGCGACAUUAACAGCUAAACGGAUCACACAUGGUCAGUUCUCUUGUCAAGUAUAACUGAAAGUGCUUUAAUAACCUUCUCAUAACAAACCUGAUUUCCUGAAUCUGUGAUUACAAACACUAAGAUGACCAUCAAUGCCAUAUAAACUCAUGCUUUUUACAGUGCAUCCCACACUGCCUGCUGACAUGGGCAGGUCUGAAUGUUGUCUGUCAUUCUCUGUUCACAUUUUCCAUCUUAGCUCUAGCUUUAGCCAAAUACAAAUGUCACCAGCCAUGUUCAUUCACUUUUUUUUUUUUUUUGUUACUUUUCAAUCUGUAAUCAUUUUUCAUUGAAUUGUUUACAUUUUGUUAUCGAGUAUAAUGGUAUCUUAGGUCACUAUCUGCUCUCUUUCUCCUCUCUUUUACUCUCUUUCUCAUCCCCUUGUUCAAUGCUCUAGAUGGUUUUUAAUGGAUGUUAGCCUCUGUGGUCUUUUUUUCCCUGUGCAUUUAUCUGUACCAGAACUACACUCGUAUAAACAGUAUGGCUUAGUCAGUAAAAUGUUGGAUUUUCAUUUGAAUGAAUACCUUGCUUAAAGGAGAAAAAAUAAAACAUGCUGGAGAAAAAUG